GUCAGGGGGCGCAUAUAACGAAGUUGAAUGGUUUGACGUUCACAGAGGUACAUAUUGUGCUGUAGCAUUAACGAUAUCCUCAUUUCGUUUGUUGCUACCCGUCACCUACGUGUAACACGCGCCUGAGGCUAACAUUUAAACGGUGAAGUAAUAUUUAAUAAAAACCAUGGUCGUAAAAACAGUUAUGGUUCAAUUAUUUGUACUGACGAUUAUAUUUUUGAUGUUAACAAUUGUCACGCCAUAUCCAACAUUUGAAAAUAAUGUAAAUGAAUUCAAAAACAAAAAUAGAGAUAAAGUAAGAACCAUAAGAGGCUUCAAAAACAUGGAUUUGGCAACGGCUAGGGGGUUUGGUAAAAGAACAGAAAACUUGCUGUUAAAUCUUUUGCCAUCAGAAACUUCAGGAGAUUUUAAAGAAGAUAAUUUAAAACAGAAUAUUCCAAUUGAUUGGGUUUCAAGAAAACUGUCCAAUGACCAAUAUUUAGCGAAGGCUCUAGUAGAAAACUUUAUAGACACAAACCGCGAUGGUCAAAUUUCUGUGGAGGAACUACUGCAACCGAUUAAUGGCGAACAAUAAUAAUAAAUAAACCAAAAAAUACGCAAUUUAUUCAUGUUGUCUAAGUCAGUUUCGCUAACUUAAAUUAUAAUAUAUUGUAUAUUUCUUUUAAUAAUAAAAUUAUGUAAUUAUCUUGAUUA